AUGGUCCUUUUUCACCUCCCAAGGUUCCCUCUCUACCUCGUUGCCUUAUCUCCCUCCCUCACUCUCCGAGCCUACUCCAAAACCACCUUCUUACGGCCACCCAAAUCCACUCUCACCGCCUCAAAAUCCGUAACUGUUAACCCUUCCCCAACAGAGCUAUCCCCUGAGAAGCUCUUCGUUCCGCCGGAGACCACCGUGUCCCUCGAAAGUUCCAGAGUCUUGAACGGUUUCAACAUUCUGUUGAGUAACUACGCCAAUGAUGCUCAGGUAUUGCAAGCCGAGUUUGUGAAAAGCAGUGUGAAGAUCGAGGAUUGUCCCUUCGAUGGACUUCCUGAGUUCGCUAUCGUUGGCCGCUCCAACGUCGGAAAAUCCUUGCUCCUCAACUCCCUCGUGUGCCGCAAGAAGCUCGCCUUAAUUUCGAAGAAACCUGGUUAG